AAGGGGGCGGCGUUCCCAGCCUCGCCGCUGCCAGAGCUGCUGCCACUCCCGGAGCGCGGAGGCUUCUCGGGGGAAGCGGGCGCGGCUUCGGCUGCCGGCGGCGGUGAAGAGUGAACUACCUCUUAUGAAAUAAAGAAAUGGAUGGGAUGGAUGAAACAUCUAGAAAAAUCCUAGAGCCAUACCAGUAUUUACUUCAACUGCCAGGUAAGCAAGUGAGAACCAAACUGUCACAGGCCUUUAAUCACUGGCUGAAUGUUCCAGAGGAUAAAAUACAGGUUAUCAUUGAAGUGACAGAGAUGUUGCACAAUGCAAGCCUGCUCGUGGACGAUAUUGAAGAUAACUCAAAGCUACGACGGGGCUUUCCAGUGGCACACAGCAUCUAUGGGAUCCCAUCUGUAAUCAACUGUGCUAAUUAUGUGUAUUUCCUUGGCUUAGAGAAGGUUUUAACACUUGAUCAUCCAGAUGCUGUUAAAGUUUUUACCCGUCAACUUCUGGAACUCCAUAAAGGUCAAGGCUUGGAUAUUUACUGGAGGGAUACUUACACUUGCCCCACGGAAGCUGAAUAUAAAGCUAUGGUACUGCAAAAGACAGGUGGUCUCUUUGGAUUAGCUGUAGGCCUCAUGCAGCUCUUCUCAAGUUAUAAAAAAGACUUAAAGCCACUUCUUAACACACUUGGCCUCUUCUUCCAAAUCAGAGAUGACUAUGCCAACCUGCACUCCAAAGAAUAUAGUGAAAACAAGAGUUUUUGUGAAGACUUAACUGAGGGCAAGUUCUCCUUCCCAACUAUUCAUGCAAUUUGGUCAAGACCUGAAAGCACUCAGGUGCAAAACAUUUUACGUCAGAGGACGGAGAACAUAGAUAUCAAAAAAUACUGUGUGCAUUACCUGGAAAAUGUGGGUUCCUUCGAGUACACUCGGAACACGUUGAAAGAGCUUGAGUGUGAAGCCUAUAAACAAAUUGAAUCACUUGGGGGAAACCCUGAGCUUGUAGCACUAGUUGAACAGCUGAGCAAAAUGUUCAAAGAAACUGAAAAUUAAAAAUGUAGCUCCUGGAGAUGGGUUAAAACUCUUUUUUAAAAUAGGAAAAUAACCAGACUAUCUGAGAGGUGUGAUAAUCAGACCCACUUAAAAUUCUUUCAGGUAGUCAUGUUACAGAAAUUGCUGUUAAACCCAAUUUGUCACUGAGUAUUGAAAUAGAUAUCCUAUUAUCUAUGCAGUUUUAACUGUAACUGCUUACAGAUGGCUUUGUUAAAGUAGAUGUACUAGAACUGAAACAAGGCUUUAAUAUAAAUGGGAUCAUCUUUACACAAUCAUUAGCAUUAUUUCAGGGCAAAAGUCUCAUUUAACUAGGUAACUGUAGGUUUCUGACUGAAAUUGUGUUACACUAAAUGAGAAUGAGCUGAGUGUAUUGUGUAUUUUCAAACAGUUCUCUAGUAAACCAAAAUGUACAGUUAAGUAACAAAAUAUUCUUGCAACUACAGUGCACAUAAAAUUGUGGGAUGUUUCUGAAGAACAGAUGAAUCAGCUUGCUGAAUUUUAAAGCGAAUAUCCUAUCCAGCUUCUGGGGAUAUAUUCAGGGGAUGUGAAUUAUGGAAGAUAGUAUUUUAUCUGUGAAUAGACUAAUGUUUAGUCUGAAACUAUACCUUUAAAAAGAUUUCAAAGUACCUUAAAGAAAAUAUUCCAUUGCAUGAGCAAAGAGUGAAUUUGCUGUUGAUUCCUGCUCUGCAGUGAAUAAUUUGGUCACCUGGUUUUAGAUUUUGAAAUCAGCAAAUAUUUUGCAGCCAGGGACUCAAAUCUCUGCAUUAGAGCUCAUACAUGUAACUCUGAAUAUCAGCAUGGAAAGCUGCUACUGGAAAUGGAAUGGGAUUCAUACCAGGUAACCUCAGGAUACUGUAAUUGGUGCAGGUCUCUUUAAUCUCUGCUUAUAACUGAGAAGGUCUUCUCCAGGAGUUGAUUCAUAAUUCAUACUACUUUGUUGUUCUGAAUUUCUGUCUCAAGGCAUUUUACAGGUUUCUCCAAAGAGACGAGUUCUGUAAGUUUUUGUUAAAGUACAGACUCUUGUUCUACAAGCUAUGAUACCACUUAAGUUUUGUUAGCUGCUUAAAUAAUGCUUUAAAAAUAUGUACACAGACAUACCAAAAUAGAACAAACUGAGAGCUGGAUUGAGGGGAGAGGGCUGGUAAGUGACAAAAACCUUCUUCACCUACACAAUUACAUAUUAAAAGGUGUACAAAAGGUAGGCAGGUAUGUUUGUUUCUUGUUGUACAGGUUAGCUUUAAUCAGGUUUAUUUCCCUUGGUCUUCACAGCCACAUAAAGCCUUUCUUUGGUGUAGGGAGGUAAUAGUUUGGAUCAAAGGUAGGGCUGGUGUUGUCAGCAGUGGUCUUAGCUCAAACAUACUCAGAAUAAAUGGGUAGAAGUAGUUGGCUACUCACAGCUGAAGGAUAGUUUUAUACAGGUGUUCAUUUACUGUACCUUUUCUCAAGCCACUGAGAAGACUUUUAAAGAAGGUUACUGUAAUGUCUUCCCUUGACAGCCAUCCCCUAAAAGUGAUCCAGCAUGAAAAAAUUCAGGAUGACUGCUUUCAGUCCUAUACAUGAUGUAGUUGUAGGUGACAGGCAAUCCCUUAUAUCUACAUACAAUAUCUGCAGGAAAGUACAAUGUUUACUUUGUGCCAUGUCAUGGGGGUCUGUAAGCACUGUUGUAGCUGAUGUUGAAUAGAGGAGAGUGCUGGAAAACCUGUGGUUGUCAGGAAACUCCUAGUCUACUGUAAAAGAUAACCUUGUGCCUGUAAGGAUUUUGUAACUAAUACAUAUAUAAUGCACAGUGCACUUAGUGCCAUUUCAUUUCUGCUCAGUUGCUGGAUGUAGAGUUUUGUGCAAUGAAACUUUUCUAAUGAGGUAGCUUUUCUUAUUUUUGUAUAAAAUUUCACCAUCUGAGACUUCUGUUCACUUUAUUGGUUCACUUUGGCAACUCACCCCUCUGUUUAUUCUCAUAUCUUGUAGCAGAUGCCUCCAUUACCUUAGGAGAAAAGUACAUUUUAAGUUUUCUAGCUGCAGGCCCUUUAAACCCCAAAUGGCUACGAAGGGAAAAGUAUCCCAGGAAAAUAAAGCUGGACCAACAAGAAACCAUACAGAUCUAUCUUCUUCUGCCUUCAAGACUUGAUACCAGUAUUCAAAGCAUAACCCUGAAGGUAGAUCCUAAAAGGCCCAGAAGCAGAGGAUCAUUGCCCUUCAGUUUGGUUAGGAUGAACUGAGGUCUCUGAGGGUCUUUCCUUGAUGUAUUCAGGAGCUGGGAGAGGCUGAGAUCUUUCCUAUUCAUCUGUUAAGCAACCUCAAGUAUUAAGCAUCAGCAGUGAUGGUGGUCUAUAGUCAAGGUAGAUUUUAUAUUUGGUGCUAUAAUAUAUAUAAUAUGUAUAUAUAAUAUAAAUAUAAUACUGCAUCUUCAUCAGUAUUCUGAUACUGGCUCUGGUACAAGCUUCUACUGCUAAGCCAUAACAACAAAAAAAUUGCUUCUUUAAAGCAGCAUGAGAGUUAUUCUGGCUGCAAAAUUAGUUUAGUUGUGUAAGUGCCACUCUCUGUUGCUAUGGCUCCUACAAGGCAAGGAGGAGGAUUGUUUUCUUUUUAUUUUUCCUGAUCUUCUCAAGAGAUCUAUUGCUGUGGAAUGGAAGUCUUGUGCUACAAGUGGAAAUGCCCAUGGGGAAAUAGAGGAGAUGCUGGUUUGGAUGUCAGUCCCUUUCAGCCAGAACUGUUUCCCUUGUUGUCUUCCUACCAUUGCCCACAUGUUCUGCUUUGAUCAGGUUACCAGUGCAUUUCUUGGAGGUUUAGCAGUGUGAAAAGCAAAUCCUGACCAGUCUCCUGCAUUUCCCUCUACCUCAAUCCUUUCUUCCUGUGCACUUGCUUGGAUGGAAAGGAAUGCUGCCACCUCUCUUUGAGAGGCCAACCCUAGGCUGGGAUAUCUGUCUCUGCUGCUCCAAAAGCUGAUGUUACCACCAUCAGUAAUGGUGAAAAAAGACAUUUCAGAGCUUUCCUGAAAAGGUAACAUGUCUUCCACCUCCCCCUUCAAGCUCAGGUUGUUCAGGUGCCCACUAAGAACAAUUUUCAGUGUAUUGGCCAGUGGGUGAUACAAACAGCCUGGAAAUCAUGACAAAGUAGCUGUUGGUACUUCUUUAUGCCUUGUCUUUUAAUGGUUGAUCUUGAUAAUUAUGAAAUAGCUAAAUGCUUCUGUUUGCUAUGGCAAUUGCCUAUAUUAAUGGCUUCCCAGUUAUUAAAAAUACUAAGAUGGAAUUAAAUAAUGGGGCUUGGGUUUGGGUUUUUUUUCCACCUUUUUUAUAUAAAAUUGGUUUGAACUCUAAUGUACUAGCACUGAAUUGGGCCAGGAUUUUAUUCAUAUGCAAGAGCUAAGUGUCUGUCACUCCUCUUUGUUCUGUCUUAAUCUCAUCAUUUCACAUUUCAGGUUUGAUAUUUACCAUCUUCUUUGUGUUAUUUGCUCAGUACUUUUACUGUAGUUCUUUUCUUUUUCUCAGUUAUAUUUCUGUUCUGCUAUUAAUACCAUAGUGCACACAAUGCCAUCAAACUAUUUUGAUCCUGGACAAACAAAAUAAGUCUUUUGCUUUUAAAACAUUAAGUCUUAGCUCAUCAUAUGCCUUCACAAAACUAAUAUUUUCUGCUAUCUUGAAGUGCCAGAAACUCUCUUUUCCAACAAGCUAAAACCUGUAACAUUUUAUAUUGCCAUAAAUUAUUUUUAUCCCCAUAGAGCUUGGGCUCCUUCCCCUCUUCUCUCUGGUUGCUUUCACCACUCAGUUUCCUUUGGUGGGAAUACUUGUAAGGCCUUCCUGUGAAAUGAAUCCCUAGCUCUGGGGGAGAGGAGUUAAUUUUUGUCUGGGUUAAUGAAUUAUGCCACUCAGCAAGAGGUUGAUCAGUGUCAGAACUAGCAGGUGGAGAGGGACAGGAGCAGAACCAGGGCAAGGAUUUCAGAGAGUAAGAAAACACAGGUUUGGCUUUUGAGGCUGCUUCAUGUAAUUUCACCUCAUUUAACAGCAUCUCCUUCACUUUGUUAGGAAAGGCUGAAGUGUGUGGUUAGUUUUGCUGAGCUUCCCUUCUUGCUUUCCAAGUAUCACUUGAGAGAAAGUUGGAAAUUAUUUAUUAAUGACAGUUAAUUAUAUAACUUGUGUAUAUCAUCUUAAGGUUCUGAUUAAGGGUAGGCAUAAAGCAAGGAGUACAUCGUUUCAUUACUGUGGUUAUAACAAUUUUUCUGUUCUUGAAGCUAGGAAAACAUUUGUUUUGUGCCUGCUUGACUUGUUACCUCACAUUAACACCUUUCCAGAAUAACAUUUAUCAUAGCUGAGCAUUAAUGUUCACCUUUUCUGCAGCUUGUGUUUUAAUUUAAUUUGCAAGUCACCUGUGGGAGGUGAGGCUAGGAGUAAUGUAUGAUAGAUUAAUGCACUUUGAUUCAAGCACAUUAUCUGCACAAUAUGCAGUAAAGAUGCAGGUUAAAGCACAUGAAUCCUGAUAGUGCUCCUUGCCAGUGUGUCCUGUGGAACAAGUGAGUUCUCAGCUCAUUGAAAAUGUAUUUACUGAGCAUCUUGGUUUACUACAGCAUAGAGAAAGAUGGAAAAUACCCCCAGGAGGCACAACAUGGAAGCUUCCAGGGAGAGCACUGCAAAGCUUUAAGUGAAUUUGGGUUGAAAACUUAACUGAUGUGAAGGGAAAUCACAGAAUCUGCUUCUGUACUCCAAAACAAUCCAUGAAAAUAUUCUCUACCCUGUUGGUAUAUUAAUUAUAUGCUGUCAGUAAGCAGUUGCAUAUUUUCUUAUCCUGGGUUAUUUUCACUCUCUUAAUAAUGUUUCAGUUAUUUCUGGAGCAUAUGGUAUAAGUUAAUCAUUCUAAAUUAAUUACUGAAGUCUGUGAAAAUGGCAAACAUAUAUUUUUGGUUCUGCUGUUUCAAGCCAGACAAACUGGCUUGUUCUCUUGCUAAAAUCUAGUAUAUGUUAUUCUGCAGUAAACUUCUAUAUUCUGAUAGGCAUAUAAACUUUUCACCAACUUACCCUUAUUUAAAUCAGGCUGAUACCAAGGCCAUGUAAACAAAUCAAAAGGAAAAAAGCCCAAAACCUUAUAGAAGUGUUUGCAAGAAAAAACCCACAAAGUUAUUUUAAAAUAGAAUGUCAUAAUUGCAGUGUUAAUACAUGAAACAUGGAACUAACUCCUACACUUUUUCUAUGGCUUUAACUGAAGAAUCUAUUGCUCCUUAUUGUUUGUUCUUUUUAGGAUGGAAUGUACAGGUCAGAGUAAAACCCUUAUGGAAAACUUGCAUUGCUGUUCCCAGAAAUGUAAAAGCAUUUAAACCAUAUAUAAACAUCAUCUGUUAUAUUUUACACCAACCAAAAAGAAUGUUCAAUAAAUUCUGAAGUUAAAACCUUUUUCACUUAGGUGCUUAUAAAAUGCAGAAGUUGGACUCCCAGGUAACAAGGUGGAAAUGUUAAAUUGGUUUAGUUUUAUUGGGACAGUCUUGUUUCUUGUCAAGUACAUUGGAUGCUUUAUAGCUUUUUAUUUAUUACAGUGCUAAAACAAUAAGUGCAAUGACACAGUAGUAAGUUGUGCUUAUUUCAGAAAUAUUAAAUAUAUAAAUGCAGCAACAUUGUGUAGAUGCAGCACUACAGGCUGGGCACAGAGUGGUUGGAGAGCAGCCAGGCAGAGAGGGACCUGGGAGUCUGGAUUGACAGGAAGGUGACCAUGAGCCAGCAGUGUGCCCAGGUGGCCAAGAAGGCCAAUGGCAUCCUGGGGUGGCUCAGGAAGAGCGUGGCCAGCAGGUCCAGGGAAGGGAUUCUGCCCCUGUGUUCAGCCCUGGUGAGGCCACAGCUUGAGUCCUGUGUCCAGUUCUGGGCCCCUCAGCUCAGGAAGGAGAUUGAGGUGCUGGAGCAGGUCCAAAGGAGGGCAACAAAGCUGGUGAAGGGACUCAAGCACAGAUCCUAUGAGGAGAGGCUGAGGGAGCUGGGGGUGUUGAGGCUGGAGAAGAGGAGGAUCAGGGGAGACCUCAUCACUCUCUACAACUCCCUGAAAGGAGGUUGGAGCCAGGGGGAGGUUGGGCUCUUUUCCCAGGCAACUCUCAGCAAGACAAGAGGGCACAAAAGGUCUCAAGUUGUGCCAGGGGAGGUUUAGGUUGGAGAUUCGAAAGAAUUUCUUUCUGGAGAGGGUGAUCAGGCAUUGGAAUGGGCUGCCCAGGGAAGUAGUGGAUUCUCCGUGUCUGGAGAUAUUUCCAAAGAGCCUGGAUGUGGCACUGAGUGCCAUGGGCUGGGAACUGCAGCGGGAGUGGAUCAAGGGUUGGACUUGAUGAUCUCUGAGGUCCCUUCCAACCCAGCCAGUUCUAUGAUUCUAGGAUUCUAAGGAUGACAAUUACCUAUCAAACACGCUACUGGGCUUAGAGAGAGAGAGUGAAAAGUGUCCUCUUGUUUUCACUGCCUUUCCUGACAUGCAGUCAAACAAAGUGGAGCAGGGAAUGAGUUGGGAAAGCAGAGCAAGUGGGUUUAGGGCCAGUUUUCUGCUGUCAAGCAUGUGGCAGGAGCUGUGUGGCUUCAGUUCAUUCUAACCUGUAGCAGAUUGUUCCAAGGGUGCCCUCUGCGGGAGAUGGAUGGGCUCAGAACCCAGAGGAAACACCACUACCAAAACCAUGGAAGGACUGGGGCUCUUUUUUUUUUUUCUGAGGACAGUGGCUGGUCUAAGAAAACCCAUUUUGUUUGGGAAAAGAAGACUUUUAAGGUAUAAGGCACAGAAAUCUUCCCUGGAAUACCCCACCUGCUCUAUGCCAGGUAGGAAAUGAUGCCCUCAAAGUUUUUUUGCUUGAAGAUGCAAAGCCAUCAGAUAAUACCUGCCUAAGAAUGCAAGUAUUACCCAGAUUACAGUGACUGGAAAAUUGCAGUGCUUUCAGACAGCUGUACUUGAUUCCCAUAAUCAAUAUCACAGAAUCAGAGUGCUAAUGUAAUGCUUGCCAAAAGUGUACAGCUACCUAAUGUCUUGGGAACAGAGGCACAGUGCUGAAAUAGCCUCUUAAUGUCUUAUUAAUGUGCUUGUUUCAGUCUCACUGGUUCCAAAAUUAAAGUUGCAUUGUUU